CGGCCUAGGCGAGCAGGCGCCUCAGGAGCAGAGCCCGUCCCGUCGCCGGGCCGCAGCGCUUCGCACAGGGCUGGGCACCCGCCGCGCACGGCGGGGGAACGUUUCCUCGGCGGAGGGUGGUAACCGCGUUAUAAAGAUAUGGAAGUUAAACCUUUAUUUAAGAUUGCUUCAGCCAGAAUGUCUUUCCCUCCCCACCUGAAUCGUCCUCCGAUGGGAAUCCCUGCUCUCCCACCAGGGAUUCCACCUCCACAGUUUCCUGGCUUUCCUCCCCCUGUGCCUCCAGGGACCCCGAUGAUUCCUGUGCCAAUGGGCAUUAUGGCUACCGCUCCAGCAGUCCUAGUACCCACUGCCGUGUCGAUGGUGGGGAAGCACCUCGGAGCCAGGAAAGACCACCCGGGUUUAAAGAGCAAAGAAAACGACGAAAACAGUGGUCCCACCACUACGGUUUUUGUUGGCAACAUUUCCGAGAAAGCCUCCGAUAUGCUCAUCCGGCAACUCUUAGCUAAAUGCGGCUUAGUUCUGAGCUGGAAGAGAGUGCAAGGUGCUUCGGGAAAACUUCAAGCCUUUGGGUUUUGCGAGUACAAGGAGCCCGAAUCCACCCUCCGGGCCCUCCGCCUGCUCCACGACCUGCAGAUCGGUGAGAAGAAGUUGCUGGUCAAAGUUGAUGCCAAGACGAAGGCCCAGCUGGACGAGUGGAAGGCCAAGAAGAAAGCCUCCAACGGGAACUCCAGGCCAGAGACCGCCACGACCGCCACGACCACCACUACUACCACCACCACCACGCCCCCCGCCCCUACCACUACCACCACCACCACCACCAACACCACCACCGCCGCCCCGACCGCCGCCGCCGCCGCCACCACCACCACCACCACCGACGACGACGACGCACUCGACGAAGAGACCAAGAGAAGAGAUCAGAUCAUUAAAGGGGCCAUUGAAGUACUAAUACGGGAGUACUCCAGCGAGCUCAAUGCCCCCUCCCAGGAAUCUGACUCCCACCCCAGGAAGAAGAAGAAGGAAAAGAAGGAGGACAUUUUCCGCAGAUUUCCAGUGGCCCCACUGAUCCCUUAUCCGCUCAUCACCAAGGAGGACAUAAAUGCUAUAGAAAUGGAAGAAGACAAAAGGGACCUCAUAUCACGAGAGAUCAGUAAAUUCAGAGACACACACAAGAAACUGGAGGAGGAGAAAGGCAAAAAGGAGAAAGAAAGACAGGAAAUUGAAAAAGAACGGAGAGAAAGAGAGAGGGAACGUGAAAGGGAACGAGAGAGGCGAGAACGGGAACGAGAAAGGGAAAGAGAACGCGAACGAGAGAAGGAGAAGGAACGGGAGCGGGAACGAGAGCGGGAUAGGGACCGUGACCGGACGAAGGAGAGAGACCGCGACCGAGAGAGAGACCGCGACCGUGACCGCGACCGAGAGAGGAGCUCGGAUCGCAACAAAGAUCGGAGUCGAUCGAGAGAGAAAAGCAGAGACCGCGAACGAGAGCGGGAGCGCGAACGAGAGCGGGAGCGCGAACGCGAACGGGAGCGCGAACGCGAACGGGAGAGAGAACGGGAACGGGAGCGGGAACGCGAGAGGGAGAAGGACAAGAAGAGAGACCGAGAGGAGGAUGAAGAAGACGCUUACGAGCGCCGAAAGCUGGAGAGGAAACUGCGUGAGAAGGAGGCCGCUUAUCAAGAACGACUCAAAAACUGGGAAAUCAGAGAACGGAAGAAAACCAGAGAAUAUGAAAAAGAAGCCGAAAGGGAAGAAGAAAGACGAAGGGAAAUGGCUAAAGAAGCCAAACGAUUAAAAGAGUUCUUGGAAGAUUACGACGAUGACCGAGAUGAUCCUAAAUACUACAGGGGAAGCGCCCUGCAGAAAAGACUGCGUGACAGAGAAAAGGAGAUGGAGGCCGACGAACGGGAUCGAAAGCGAGAGAAAGAAGAGCUCGAGGAAAUCCGGCAGCGGCUUUUGGCAGAAGGGCACCCCGAUCCAGAUGCGGAACUCCAAAGGAUGGAGCAGGAAGCCGAAAGGCGUAGGCAGCCGCAGAUAAAGCAGGAACCGGAAUCCGAGGAGGAAGAGGAAGAGAAGCAAGAGAAAGAGGAAAAGAGAGAAGAGCCCGUGGAGGAGGAGGAAGAGCCCGAGCAGAAACCCUGCCUGAAGCCAACCCUGCGGCCCAUCAGCUCGGCCCCCUCGGUCUCCUCCGCCAGCGGCAACGCGACCCCGAACACCCCCGGGGACGACUCCCCCUGCGGCAUUAUCAUCCCCCACGAGAACUCCCCCGACCAGCAGCAGCCCGAGGAGCACCGGCCCAAAAUCGGACUGAGUCUGAAGCUCGGUGCCUCCAACAGUCCCAGCCAGCCAAACGCGGUUAAGAGAAAGAAGCUCCCCGUGGACAGCGUGUUCAACAAAUUCGAGGACGAAGACAGCGACGACGUCCCCCGGAAAAGGAAGCUGGUCCCCCUGGAUUACGGCGAAGACGACAAGAGCUCCACCAAAGGCACCGUCAACACGGAGGAGAAGCGCAAGCACAUCAAGAGCCUGAUCGAGAAGAUCCCCACGGCGAAACCGGAGCUCUUCGCCUACCCUCUCGACUGGUCGAUCGUGGAUUCCACAUUAAUGGAACGUCGAAUUAGACCGUGGAUCAAUAAGAAGAUCAUAGAAUAUAUUGGUGAAGAAGAAGCCACAUUAGUUGAUUUUGUCUGUUCGAAGGUGAUGGCUCACAGCUCCCCUCAGAGCAUAUUAGAUGACGUCGCCAUGGUACUAGAUGAAGAAGCUGAAGUUUUUAUAGUCAAAAUGUGGAGAUUGCUAAUAUACGAAACAGAAGCCAAGAAGAUCGGUCUCGUGAAGUAAAAGCCGUUUUUACAUUUAGGGAUCCGUUUCAAAUCCCCCCCUCCCUUCCCCCUUUUCCGCCAUUCAAGGACUUGGAAUUUUCUCUGUCCUCAAAGACACUUGUGAGAUCUGUAAUUUUUUUUUUUUUUUUUUUAAUGUAGAAAAUGUGGAAAAAAAAAAAGUGUCCUCUGAUCUGAUGCCCCUUCUCCCUUGGUUGUAGAGUUAUCUGAAUCCUACAUUGGUUCUCUUUAUAAUAAUUCACCAGAUCCGACUGCUGAUAUGUUUUAUAAGAUGCAGCUACUGUACACAGCCUAUCUGGUAAUCUUGUUCUGCUAAUAAUCUGUUCCUUGUAAAUAUUAAAAUGACUCCCCGUUUCCUUUGCUAAACAUUUGCACUUAAUGUUGAAUUGUACCGGUCAGAAACCAAGGUUCAGGAUUUUUACUGAAAGUAUAUUGGCCGUCUUGGAGCCCCUCUCCCCCACCCCACUUCUUUAUUUUUUAAAAAACAACAACGACGAACGAAAAACUGAUCAGAAAUCGCAAGUUUGCUUUAAGGCAUAAAAUAGGGAACUUAAAAUUACUAUGUAAAAGGCAGGGUUAAAUGGACAAUCCGCUCCUUGAUAUUCUUCGUGUGUGCGUGUGUGAAUUUCUCAUUCCCCCCCCACCCAUCUGUCGUAAGGAAAGGGGCUGCCUGGGACAUUUUAUUCCUACAGGAAUCUGAGGGGAAAGUAGUGAGAGUGUGCCAACCUAAAACUCUGAAACUCUUAUCAUCCCAACAUUGUGUGGAGCCAGAAAUCUGCUUCCUUUUCCCUUCUAGCGGAAGAGCCGGCAGCACAGAGCUUUCUCGAUUUUCCCCUUUCAAAAGUUUUGCAGGCGAUCAGCACGGAAAUCGUUGCUCAUCGCCAACCGAGCGUUUUGUCACUUCUUACUUCCACUCCAUAAAAACGGAUUUUUAAAGA